AUCCCUAUUCCUCAUCUCCUAAAUCCUAAUUUCCUAAAAUCUAAAAAAAUUCCUAAAUACUAACAUCUAACAGAUAGACGAAUCCAUUCCAGAUUCCUGCAGAAGCCAAACUCAGUCUCCGUCCGACGGCGCUGCGGUCGCUGCCUCCCUCCCCUGCGAAUCUGGGUAUGUCUUCUUCAUUCACUUAAGAAUUGCUUAUUGUUAAUGGGCAUACCACAAAACCUCAGAGGCCACCUCAUCAAACUUAAUUGUCUUCUUGCUGAUUUCACUCAUUGCCGCCAAUUCUACAGUGCUCUCCACCUCUUUCACCAUAUUCACUCCUCCCACCUUCUCAGACCAGACCACUACACCCUUUCCACCGUCCUCACUGCCUGCGCCAACAUCCAACACACCCUCGUCUUCGGCGCUCAACUCCACGCCUUUGGGUUUCGGGCUGGGUUAACAGCUUUUUCCCAUGUUUCAAAUGCUCUGCUUUCCUUCUACGCCAAGUCCCAAGAUUUGUGCGGUGUCAAAAGGCUCUUCACCGAAAUUCAAAGUCCAGAUGUUUAUUCGUGGACUACAUUACUGUCUGCGUGCACAAAGCUUGGUGAAGUGGAGUAUGCUCUCCAGGUGUUUGAUGAAAUGCCGCGGAGAGAUGUUGCUGUGUGGAAUGCGAUUAUCACUGGCUGUGCAGACAACGGCGAUGAUGAGGUUGCGUUGAAUUUGUUUCAGAAAAUGCACUCUUUGGGUGUUUCACACGAUAAUUACACUUUUGCCAGUGUCUUGAGUCUCUGCUCCUUGGAGCUAUGGAGUUUGGGGAGACAAGUGCAUUCAAUGGUAGUCAAAACUGGGUUUUUGGCUACAACUUCUGUUAUCAAUGCUUUGGUGACAAUGUACUUUAACUGUAAAUCUGUUGUGGAUGCAUGCUGGGUUUUCGAAGAUGCAGAUGAUGAAGUGGUUGAUCAAAUAACUUACAAUGGAAUGAUUGCCGGGCUAGUGAGCAUGGAAAGAAAUGAGGAGGCAUUAGUGAUGUUCAAUCAUAUGAGAAAUAUUUAUCUGAUGCCAACUGAGCUGACUUUUGUCAGUUUAAUGAGUUCAUGUUUUGAUGCCAUGAUUGCAACUCAAAUUCAUGGACUAGUAGUGAAACAGGGUUUUGGAGAUUGCACUUCUGUGAGUAAUGCUGCAAUGACCAUGUAUUCCAAUUGUCAGGACUUAAAAUCCACUUGUUUGAUUUUCGAAAGAAUAAAAGAGAAGGAUAUUGUGUCAUGGAAUGCCAUGAUAACAAGCUACGCCCAAGAGAAUUUGAGUGGAGAAGCGAUUUUGGCUUACCUUGAAAUGCAGAGGGAAGGGGUUGUGGCAGAUGAAUUUACUUUAGGAAGCUUACUAUCAAGUUCACAGUCAGUAGCUCAUGCUGAGAUAAUUCUUUCCAUAGUAAUCAAGAAUGGGCUUAUCUUGAAAAUUGAAGUUUCAAAUGCAUUGGUUUCUGCCUUUUGUAAGCUUGGUGAAAUAGAGCAGGCCUAUAGAUACUUUCAUGACAUGUUUACCAGAAACUUGAUAUCAUGGAACGCGAUGAUUUCUGGUUGCCAAUCAAAUGGAUUUCCUAUGCAGAGUUUGAACCUGUUCAGUGAGCUUCUGGCAGAAGGAUUGACGCCUAAUGCUUACACUCUCAGCACUGUCUUGAGUGCUUGUGCCGGUAUUCCUUCUUUCCAGCACGGGAAGCAGAUUCAUGGAUACAUUCUUAAAUUUGGAUUAUUUUUAGAAACUUCUAUAGGUAACACUCUGAUUGCCCUGUACUCAAAGUGUGGGAUUUUGCAUUGGUCUACAAGGGUGUUCCAGACCAUGACUGAAAGAGAUGUUGUCUCUUGGAAUUCAAUGAUAUCUGCCUAUGCACAGCAUGGGAAAGGAGGGGAAGCUGUUCAUUGUUUUGAAAUGAUGCUAAAUUCAACUCGAGUCGAACCAGACAAGGCAACUUUUACAGGAGUUCUUUCAGCUUGUAGUCAUGCAGGUUUAGUUGAAGAUGGCAUUCAAAUAUUUAACUCUAUCGUUAAUAAUUAUGGCAUUAAGCCUGGAGUGGAGCACUUCUCUUGCAUUGUUGAUAUUCUAAGCCGAGCUGGUUAUCUCGACGAGGCAGAAAAGCUAGUAAAAACCAAGAAAUUUGAGGUAGAUUCCACUGUCUGGUGGACAUUAUUCAGUUCAUGUGCAGGUCAUGGUAAUACCAGAUUAGGAAGAAUUGUUGCAGGAAUUCUUCUUGAAUCUGAAAAGAACAACCCAGCAGUUUAUGUUCUAUUGUCAAAUAUUUAUGCUGAUGCAGGGAAGUGGGAGGAAUCAGCUAGUGUCAGGGAAUUGAUGCAAAGAUAUAGGGUUAUAAAGCAACCAGGCAGUAGUUGGGUUAGAUCAUAGCUCCAUACUUACAAACAUGGCAAGAGAAAGAAAUACAUAUGAACAUCUGCAUAGACAAAUAAAUAAGCAAAGAUGAAGAGACUUGAUUGGAGAGAGCCCAAAGAACAAAGCACAUCUUCAUUGUAAUUGUAAUACAACAUGGUUAAGCUUGAUGGUCUCUUUUCUACAGUUUGAAGUUUGUUAAUCAUGCACAAUGGGUUUUACAUUUCUACCUCGCUAGUUAACUCCUCUGAAAAGGUUGAACGUGUACACAUAUCUUGUUUUGAGCAAGGGAAGAUGAGCAAAAAGAAUGGUUUAUGAUCCCAGAUGGUUUUUCCAGUUCAAGAUGAUUUACUUAACACGAGGAGCUCUAAAAUAAGCUGGUACCGUUGCAGGAAAGAACAUUUGCCUGACCCCUUCUGCCUUUAUGAUGGGAAAUAUGAUCCCAGAUGCAGCCUGAAAGUAAAUGUAUUUAGAAUAUGUAUGACUUUGUUGCACCAUGGAGGAUACAACACUGAAUAAGAGAAGAAAAGGGAAUGAGCUUCAUACCGAGAUUAAUCUAGCUCCAAUCCAUAAUCGCUUGGGAGAAGGAAACGGUACGAGCAGACGACCAACUCCAUAUAUGGCCACCGCAAAGAAGUGCAUGACUAAGCUCAAUGGGCGCGGGUUAAGCCCAGAUAGCAGAGCCACAGGUCCUGUUGAGCAAGUACCUCCAAGGCUCAAAUAGUCGAAACAUGCUUGGCGCAUUUCCUUCCUCGCUUGGUCAGGAGAAGCACAGAACACUUUGUACAGGGCUCCAGCCAAAGUAUUGAUUGUAGAUGCCACUGGCUGUAUAUUCAGAACCAAAGUCAAUAUUCUUGGCAGCAAAGAGAGAAUCACUUCAACUUUUCAACAAUGGAAUAUCUGAAGACAAUAAUGUAGCAUUACCUUACGCAAAGUAUAAAACGACUCAAGGUAUCUGCACAAUGCAUCGGCAUCAUUCAGGUUCUGCAACGGCCUAAGAAGGUCCCUUAGCACUACAAUGUCCGAUAGGGCUACAGUCAUUCCUCCACCGGUUAAAGGAUGGCGCAUGUUGAAAGCAUCGCCCAGUAAAACGGCUCCAGGAGUGGGAUAGGGUGCAGCAGGCAUAGUUCUAUUCGGCAUUGUUCUAAUAUUUCCAUUAUCCACAGCAGAUGUAAAGGAAUCAUGGAGCUCGGGUGGAACCUUAAUAAAAAUAGAGAUUUAAUACUAAAUACAAAAAGCAUCAAUACAGAGACAUUCUGAAAUGGGCAUUAUGAUGACAGCAGAGUACCUGAGGAGCCACCACAGUCUUCAAAUAUUUCGCCAUUUCACCAUUAGCAAUCGAAGGAAGCUUUUGGCCAGGUAUGUCAACUAAGCAACGAAUUUCUGUGCUACUAAUUGGGUAAAACAAGAUGGGCGAAGGAUCUGCCAAAAUAACAUGCCCAUGAUUCGCGUAUGGAAGUUGACAAUUCUCCAGUACCAAACCAACAAAGUGAGAUGGACUUUCAACCUAGAGAAAGUUCAACUAAAUCAGCUUGUAGAAAUACUUCAAGAACAUAAAUGUGCUAAUUUCCUGAAUUUUACAUGUAGCAAGAAUAAGAAAUAAAAAUGACAAUUUUUUUUUA